GCAUUCCUUCUAUUUUUCUUUUCCUCUCUCUCGCUUCCACACACUCCUCACAUCCCCAACAGCCACAUCGGAUCAAAAAAAAAAGUCUGAGCUUCGGUUCAAAAAAUAUAUUCUUUUGUCCUUUUCAACAUCUUUUCAACCUUCCUACAUCCCCUUCCUCAGCAACUAAGCAUUCGCCACUUGCAGCGUUAUCACUAAGCUAGCUCCUUCAAAGCCAUGUCUCUCACAAAGGCUAUUGUAGGUUUUCUAGAGACCGAAAUCAUCAACCCUGCAGCAAAAUUUGUAGAGAAGAUUGCAUUCGAGAUGCCUAGUGUAACUGACCUGGCGGACACAUACAAGGGCACCUGGUAUCUCUCACCCAGACAGCACACCAUCGAGUUUGUCUGUUAUAAUAUUCUCUUCUUUGUCCUCUUCCGUGUAGGACUACAUCUCUUCCGCAAGAAAGGAUCAGCAUUUUAUAGCCCUCGAUUGGACCAACUCUCUGAGAGUAUUAACACCAAUGUGCUCUCAGCACAUGUCAUGGACAAGGCUGUUCUCGCACUUCUCUGCGGUUCAUAUGCCCUAACUGUCUAUCACAAGAUUUUCGGUGACAAUUUCAUGUAUCUCUUGCAACCCUGCCAUGUCAACUUGUUGCUGUUGAUCUUUACAAUGGUGGGUCCUCGGGAGAGUAAGAUGACCAGAUUAGCAUUCAACUCGUAUUUGCACUACAUCUGGGCCACUAUCUUUGCACUCUCAUUCCCAGAUACAUCCGAAAAUGGGCUGUGGUUAGUGAUCGAGAACUUUUGGCUGGAGCAUUAUCUCUUGUUGCUCGUCCCUAUCUAUCUGAUUUACACAGGUCGUUUCGCCGUAUUCCCUCUAUCGUUCUCCUAUGCGGUCCUCUCCUAUGCCCUAUUCUCACUCUUUCAUUCGUUUCUCUUGAGUGGAAUUGGACUACUAACUGGACACAAUCUCAACUAUAUGCUUGUCCCUCCUAAUUCCCCAUUAGUACAUGGAUUGGGCAAGUACUAUCGUCUUAUAAUGUACAGCAGUAUGUUCGUAUUGACUUUGAUUUCACGAUACAUCAUUGUCGAAUUUCUGUCGCUGGGAUUGAAGUUCAAGCAAUGGAACAAAGCAAAUCAGUUGAUGCGUGAACAAGGAAUUCCUCGAGUCAAAAAGGAAUAAAAACAUAUAUAUUUAUGAAUGCAGGCCCGACCAGCAUUCGCCUUCAACACAAACGUAAUAAUAGAAACAAGUAUUCACCAUAUACAUCUGUAAUAAAAAUCAUUAGG